GCCCGAACUCUGUGCGGGGAGUGCGUCCCGCGGUAGGGGCGGGGUCGACGGGCCGGGCGCGGAGGGGCGCGGGAAAGCCGCCGCCGCUCGCGGCCGAGCGGGGAGGUGGGGGACGCGGGAGCCGAGACACCCCGCCCCAGGAGGCGCGGCCGAGCUUUGUGUCUUGGGCCUGACGGAAAUGCAAGCAACCUGAUCCACGUGACCUCUUACAGGUGAGGCGCUAAGGCCCAGAGAGGUAACCAUCGGAGGACCCUGGUGAGGGGUGCACACGAACUCUGGUACUUUCCUUGCCACUUCCUGUUGAAACCUGCUGACAUGGCUGAACACGGGUCUGAUGAGCCGUCCUCCAGGGCCGGGAGUCCCGACGGAGAAGGCCGGGUCUCUGCGGACAGACUGUUGCUGCACCAGAGGCUGGCUGUCAGAGAGCUCAUUGACACCGAGCUCUCCUACCUGCGCAUGCUCCGGCUCUGCGCCUCCGACAUCAGGAGCCGCCUGCAGCAGCUGCCCCAGGGAGAUCUGGACGUCCUGUUCUCAAACAUCGAUGAUGUCAUCCAGGUGAACAGCAGAUUUCUUCAUGAUCUGCAGGAGACAGCAUCCAGGGAAGAAGAACAGGUGCACUUAAUUGGUAACUUAUUCCUGGAAUUCCAAGAGGAGUUGGAGCGAGUGUACAAGGUCUACUGUGCCAGCUACGACCAGGCCUUGCUGCUGGUGGAGACCUACCGGAAGGAGCCAGAGCUGCAGCGAGAGGUCCAGAGCAUCAUCGAGGCAGUGGUGCCACAAGCUGGGCCCUCAGGCCUCAGUUUCUUACUGGUAAUCCCUCUGCAAAGGAUUACCAAGUACCCAUUGCUGCUGCAGAAAAUCCUGGAGAACACAGUCCCUGAUGCCAGUGCCUACCCUGUGCUUCAGAGGGCUGUCUGUGCCCUCCAAGACGUGAACACCAACAUCAAUGAGUACAAGAGGCGCAAGGAAGUGGCCUCCAAGUACACGAAAGUGGAGCAGCUGACCCUUCGUGAGCGGCUGGCCCGCCUCAACACGCAUACCCUCUCCAAGAAGACCACCCGGCUGAGCCAGCUGCUGAAGCAGGAGGCGGGGCUCGUGCCCAGGACGGAAGACAAGGAAUUUGAUGAUUUAGAAGAGAGGUUCCACUGGGUGUCGCUGUGUGUGACGGAGAUGAGGAACAAUGUAGCUGUUUACCGGGAUAAUCUGGAGGCUUUCCUCCGCUUCAGGCCCCAGGAAUACGACCUGGACAUCCCUGGGGGGCCUGUGGUACAGUACUGCAGCCUGAUGAGAGACCUCCAGCUCCAGGCCUUCCUGCAGUUUAAGCAGCGGCUGGAAGGCCUGGUGUGGCAGCCACUGUGCAGCCUGGCUAAAGCCCUGGCUGGCCCUCAGAACCUGAUCAAGAAGCGCCUGGACAAACUGCUGGACUUCGAGAGGGUGGAAGAGAAGCUUUUGGAGGUGGGCAGCGUGACGUACGAGGAGCAGGAGGCCCGGCACACGUACCAAGCCCUCAACUCCCUGCUAGUGGCUGAGCUCCCGCAGCUGAACCAGCUGGCCGUGCGCUGGCUGGGCCAGAUCCUGUGCACGUUCGUGGGCCUCCAGAGGGACCUUGCUCAGCAAGUGCUGCAGAGGGCAGAGGGCAGCUUGGCCCAGCUGCCCCACUACCACCUCUCCGAGCCAGCCUUCAGGAAGCUGGUGGAGGAUACACUGGGCCAGACUGGUCACCAGCUUCGCUCCUUUCAAGAGAACUUUGAGAAAGUGCUGCCACCCCCCACCACACAACCACUCCUUCCAGGGGCUGAGCGCCAGGUGCAGGCUCUCCUGAGCAGGUAUGGCCCCGAAAAGCUGUACCAGGUGACAAGCAACGUCAGCGGGGCUGGGACUCUGGACCUGACACUGCUGCGGGGCCAAAUUGUGGCUCUCCUUCAAAACAAGGACACCAAAGGCAACAGCAGCCGCUGGCUGGUGGACACUGGGGGACAUCGAGGGUAUGUGCCAGCUGGCAAACUGGAGCUGUACCGUGUCAUCCCCAGUCAGGAGGAGGUCAAAGGGCAGGAGUGGCCUCACAAGGACUCCCGUCACCUAACACCAGAGCCCACCCCAGCCCCUGUCCCCUCUGUCCCAGCGGUGACUCAGGCGGUGGCAGUGUACCCCUUUGUGGCCAGAAGCAGCCAUGAAGUGAGUCUGCAGGCGGGCCAGCUGGUGACUGUCCUGGAGGCCCAGGACAAGAAGGGGAACCCGGAAUGGAGCCUCGUGGAAGUGAACGAGCAGAGGGGAUAUGUGCCUUCCAGCUUCCUGGCCAGGGCCCUGGGCCCAGCUCCGUGGGGCUGGAGUCUGCCCUCCUAGGGUGCCUGCCUUGGAGCCCGCGCUGCCAAGGGACGGGAGGCUUAGAUGCUAGGACCCUGCAAGGGACAGGAAGCCAAGAGAAGGCGGGAGUGGAAGGGGAGAUCAGGCCGAGGUGGGGUGAUGGGCAGCCCGAAGAGGUGGGUGGGCCUUGCAAGAGUAGCUGGCAUGGGUGAGCAUGAAUGGCUCCAAGCCAGAACCGCUCGUCAGGUCUGCAGAAAACGUGGUUCCCAUCUGAAGGGACAAUGGCCUGGAUGGCACGUCAAGUCGUUGAGGACUUGUAGCUUAUGGCCCAUCUUACCUGUGCUCUCAUCCAGCCCUGCCCACCAGAGUGGGUCACCCAGGUGAAUGUGACCUGUGUGCAAUGGGGUUGCAGGGAGAGGGGCACUGGAGAAGUCCCGAGCUGCCUGGCCUGACAGUUCACUUCCUCCCUGUGGCAUCAGGAUACACCCCUGCCACACCAGCAGCUGAGUUAUCUUGGGCAGUGAACCCUCUUAGAGCCUCUCUAGCAAGAGAGGAGCGGGGGCUUGUGAGGGCAAUGGAAAGGUUCUCUGGAGAUUCUUGGCUGAGCCUUGGAGAGGGUGUGGCCAGGUCACAGUUGCGGAAUGUGUUUAGGCAAAUUCAGAGGCUGUGGGAAGCGGGAGAUUUUGAGGGUGUGUUCUGUGAGGUGUGAGCGGCUGUUGGUACUACCGAGCUUGUGUUGUCUUGUGUUGUCGGGAAUAGGGAACAAAGAGCAUGCAAAUUGCUUAGGCAACUCCGUGCAGCUGAUGAUUGUAAGCCUGGUGGGUGGGGGAGCUCGGCUGAUGGCUUGCUUUCCUGUUUCUGGAAGUCGGGAGCCAGGGGAACCCCCGGUGGUUUCAGGGCCUGGAGGCAGCAGGUGAGUGUGAUGUCAGUUGGCUGGAGGGCCUUAGACAGAGGCGACCUCGGUUUUCCCAUCCACAGAGACCUGACUCACAGGGUUAUGGUGAGAAUGGCCUGAGGCUACGGACGGGAAGAUCCUUGUAAAUUGUGAAGUGUCAUGGAAAUGUAGAUGGCCAUCGGUAGCAGGAUGCGCCCUUUGAGUCGUCUCAGGAUGGCCCCAGCAUCCGCGGGCAGAGCUGCAGACGGAAGCGUGCUGCUGCUGCUGGCCCUGCCCAGGCUGUGGCUGACACUGGGAAUCAGCACGGUCGGUGUCCUUUCCCCUCGGCCCAGGGCCUACCUCAGGAUCCUUCUCCGCACUGCAUUCUAGGUAGCCAGUCUCUGGAACUUGGUGAGAUCAAACCCACUGUCACCCCUUUCUAGCACCUGGAAACAGAAACAGCUCCUGUUCAAGGCAGACCGAUCCACUGGGGCCAUUUUGGGUGCAGCCUCUGUCGUGUUGUGUUGUGUUGUCACUGUGGCUAAGAUACAUCUCAAGAUUCAGGGAAGCGGGAAAACGUGGUCCGGCCUGGUCUAUAAUACAAAUUAUACAUUUGGGGAGAGACCCAAGUUCGAGUGUGGGGGGAAAACCAGUGGUAGUUUAGACUUAUUUCCAAGAACAUCUCCGCGGUACCGUAAUGGUAGUGCUUAACGCUGGGAGCGCGGGCUUUUGGAGGGCUUUUAAGAAAUAGAUACACACCUGCGUGAGAUCUGCACCUCACUCCUCAGCUUGUGAGAGCGGGAAGAUGCGUCAUGUGAGAGAAACUCCGUCCCCACUGGCCCUGUCCCGGCACCAAAUUCACUCUAUAAGAUGCUCUCGACUCAUUUUCCUUUCUCUUUCCUACUCAGAUUUCCAAUACAAAUAGGAGGCCUAGGGGAGCAGAUAAUAAGAUAGGAAAUCCAUUUGUGGGUUCCUCAGUGCUUACUGAGAGUCUACCUGUGGGCUAGAACCCCGGCUCAGGCUUCUCAACCUGGCUGCAUGCUGCGGUACAUGUGACUGAUGCCAGGAUCCCCCUCUCCCUGCAGAGACUGUAAUGGAGUUGGUCUGGGGUGUGGCCAGGCCCUCAGGAACUCAGAAAGCUCCCCAGGUGCUUCUGGUGUGUCGCCGGGGCUGGGGACCUCUGCCCUAGACACGCAGUAGUGGACGAGACAGGCCUGCGGUCGGAAGCAGCCGCCAGCUCUAAGCUAAGUGUGCCCCCUCUGAGUUCUGUCCUAGCUCAGGUGUUUGGAACAGGCAGUUUUAGAGGUGGUUUGAAAGAGGACAGCCUGUUCUGUCAGGUCCCAGAAUGUAUAUUUGUUAAGUGCCAUUAAGAGGGACCCGAACAAAACUGGAUGUUCUUGAAGGCAGAAGGGACCUGGAAUACACCCGGAACCACAUCUGUCUCGUGAGGGGAAAAUGAGUGUCUUCAGUAGCACACGGGUUGUGGUUUCUUGUAGACCAGGGAUGGAGGUCCAGAGUUGCCCACGGCUGAGAAAAUGCAUGUCGAGAGGGAGAGAAUAGCCUGGAUUUUCUGCAGGGGCCUCUGUGUAAUGUGCCUUCCCCCUGCCCCCCGGAUGCCUGGAACUAUCACACUGUGUCCUAUGUAUUGCACUGCGGGGCCGCCACAUACUGUAUUUGCCGGGGAACCAAACAAGACUGAUCCCCAGAGUGGCCCUUGCUCCCCGCCACAGAGUGCGACCUCUUUAACCUUGUGGGCCCAAACCCAGGUUUGAACGUGAGGACAAGGUUACAGUAUGGAGGAAGGAUGAAUGAACCCCUGCUCACUCUGAGGAGCUCUGGCUUGGUGAAUCAGCGACAUGAACUUCUGGGAAUAAAGGACUUCAAAGAUGAAAAAGCCUCUGGAGUUCAUGGGCCUCUACCCAUUGGACAGUCAGAUGCCCCAGUGUGACACGUGCUCACUGGACACCUGCUGUUCAUAAAAAUGGGACCUCAUUUGUUCACGUGUUCAUUUUUUUCUUUUUUUAAAGCUUUUACUUAGCACACACGCACAA